GUUUGUUAAAUUAGAUUCAUCCAGCAAAAUUUGUCUUGAAAGAAAAAAAUGUAUGCUGAAUCGUCAGAAUUCUCAGUGCUGUGUGUCAUCCAUAUUCAUCCUUUCUUGUUGUAUUUUACUAUUUGCUUACAGUUACGUGGGAAAGUAACGAAUGAAUGUGUUUAAACUCAUUUUACUGCAUGGAGUCUAAGUUACAUAUCAAUCAGUGAAAGUUUUCCUCCAAAUCAGAAAGACCUGACGUUAGGUCCGACAGAUUUACGUGGCAUUCUAGAACGAAAAAAGUGACCGGAUGUUCACCACCCACUGAAGAAAGUACACAACCGGAACGGACCAGGCCAUGCACGAGUUAUGAGCUGUCCAUGAUCAUGAAGGUUUCACAGCCUGUCCAGAACGGGGAAAAGUGCUGAACAUGCUGGAACAGGAGGACCGCAACUGCCUGGCCAGACUCCCCUCACGGAAGACGGCGCUGGUCGUGCUUAUCGGGAUCGCAGUGACUGUGACGCUGACGCUGGUCCACCUGAGCGGCCAGUGGGUGGGCCAGCGUGUUUUUAAGCCGGUGCACGAGCCGAGCCUAGCCCACCGCAGCAAGCAGCUGUUGUCACAGAAAGUGCUCAGGGAGCCAGCAAAGAUCUCCUGGAAAGACCGGCAAGAUGAGGACUUGAAGAGCAGAAAUAAGGAAGGCACAGAUGAGCCUUCGUCGCACCAACUUAAAGGUGGUUUUGCCAAAGAAGAACGUACCUCAGGGAGCAUGGACUCUUCAAAGAGACCUUUACCGUCAUUAAACAGUAUUAUUGGAGAGAGGCCGGGACAAAACUUGUCAGCAGUAAACAAUGUAGGGCUCCUCAGUGUUCCCUCCAGGGGCCAGACUGAGCACUCUUUUCCACCACCUACGAGGAAGAGAGUGGAUCAGAUAACUGCUCUGUUGGACCCAAAGAUUGGCCAGUCUGUGGUCCCAACAGAGAAGCUUCUUCAAGGCACCAUACGGAGAGAGAGGGUACCAGCCGCCACUGAAAAACUGUCAGGAGAGAUGAAGUGGUCAAGGAGAAAUGUGUAUGACUUCAAUGAUCGGGACCGCAAUGCUUUUCGGGGUCUUCGACUCCGGAACAAGAACGACCGAGUUUGGAAGAGCAAAGAAGCUAUAAUCUUCAACCGGGUCGGAAAAUGUGGCAGUCGCACCAUAAUUGGAAUCCUGCGCAAGCUGUCAGACCUCAACAAUUUCAAUCUGGUGUCCUCGACUGUGUAUAACUCAACAGCCAUCAGUACAGAGUGGCAAUCCUACAUUGUGAAAGUCAUGGAGCGCGUCAAGACACCGUACCUGUUUCAGAGACAUCUGCAUUUUGUCGACUUCACAGAAUUUAAUGCAAGGCAGCCAAUGUACAUCAAUGUUAUAAGAGAUCCACUAUCACGCUUUGUGUCCAAUUACUACUUCAAACGCUUUGGGGAUGGGCGGAGCAACCAGAACUUUAAGGGGUCCAAGGAGGCAAAGUACAGAUCGGUCACCGAGUGCAUCAUAAAGGGUUACAAAGAGUGUGUGCGGUCUGGCAGCUUCUAUAUCAUUCCCUUCUUUUGCGGCCAGCGAAAAGAGUGCCGACGGCCGUCGCAGUGGGCCCUGGACGAAGCCAAAUUGAAUGUGGAGAAACACUUUGUUGUGGUCGGCAUCCUGGAGGAUCUGGAGAGCUCCUUCCGAGUCCUGGAGAAGGCCCUGCCGCAGUUUUUCACAGGAGCUGUCAAGCUCUUGCUAGAACCAGACGAUAAGCAGGCCCUGAAGAAUGCCUCAACCACGACCAAAUACAAAGAGAAACCAUCAAAGGAGGCGGCGGCCAUCAUGAAAAAGCUGAUGUACUAUGAGUACGAGUUCUACAAGUUUGUCAAGGACAGGCUGGAGAGACAGAAGCAACAGUACGGCAUCGGAAUGGCAGAGUGAAGGGAGUCGCGACGACGCAGGUAACACCCUGGAAGAUCGCUAACCAACAGGGACCAAGACAACAUGUCAGAGCUGCUGGACUCGCCUACAGUGGCUGAAAAAAAAAAGAGAAAGAUCUGCCCGCCGUGACGGGUAAGCAGGUAAGACUGACUGCCGUUGAUGCUACCGUUAGAUAAAAGAGGGAAAGGGUUAGUAAGCACAAGUAGGCCCAAGGUCUAAUUUUAAAUGAAUGAACCAGGGUGGCCUAACCACCUACAUUCAGUGGUUUGUUGAAUCGGUUGAACUGCGUUUCAGUGAGAUUGGCACUGAAUCUCGCUCCAAAAUGUGAACAUCUUCUAGAUUUGAUAUGUGCAUAAGUGCAUUUCCAACUCAGUCAUAUGUUCAUCCCGUCAACUCUUUGAGAUGUCAACUCUAGAUAGUUCUUUGAAGAAGCACUUCUUUUUUUAAUCGAGCGGAACUGUAGACCAAGGUUAUCCAAAAGUUCUUCCAUAAGCCCAGACUACUAGGUCUAACUGCUCCAAGUUGUGGUCAAAGCAUCUCAUAUCCGUGGGUUACGUAACAGAUGGGCAUGUAUGCCAAACAUAUUUUCUGACAAAAUAAAAUGAACUGUAUGAAUUCUACGGUGAAUUUGAAGGUGCUGCAUUAGAAAUUAAUGAGAUUCUCCGACAAAACAACCAACAGAUAUUGUUAAAGCGUGACCAAUUGUACAAUUGAAACUCUAUGCAAAAUCACAUUAACAUAUUCAAGCAGUAUGGCAUUACUUGGAUAUGCGUAUUUGGACCAUUCACGUAGUGUCAAAAUUAGACCACACCUGUGGUAAACAACUCAACCCGUACACCUAGUAACAGCUCAGUGGGAUAUGGCAACUCGGUAUGUCACAGUGGGCGCAUGAAACCUGUAUGGACGUCAUAAGAAUGCAGCGGUCCGUAAAAGUGCACAUCCCACAUACAUGUCAGUUUAGAUUGGAACAUACUGGUGAUGUCAGUGUUCAGGUGCUAAAUUGGAUAAACGGAAGACAGUGAGUAUGAGUUUACCCCAAAAAAAUAAUCAGUCAUUGUAUUUUUUUUCUGCAAGCAAAGUUGUAUAUACAGUAGCCAUCUGACUAUAGAAGUGCGUAGAAGCGCAUGAAAGGACGACCUCUGUUAAAAUUUUGGCCCAAGGGUCAAAAAGUUAAGCUAAAAACUCAAAUGCUAAUAAGCAUUUUCAAAACAGCAAGAUUUUUGUCAACGGACCAAAACAGUAAAGGAUCAUUCUGCCAACAGGAAACAAGUCUGUGUGAAGCUGGGUGAAAAAGUUGCAGAAAAAUUUUGAGAAAAAAAUCAGCACCGGCUCUCACGCUUGAAAUGCAAGUGCUUUGGGCGAACACUUAAUGAAACCAUGUAAUUGGGCAAUUUUACUUUUGUGAACUGACGCCUGGAUGUGCAGGCGCUCUGGAAUUACUGGAGCGUUGUGGAAUAAUUUCGGUUUUCAUGAACUGACACACAAGCGUGUAGUGGAUACGAGUUUCUAAGGAGAACGCUUUAAAUUUACUUUUUGGGUUGAGAAAAAUUGUACCCGGAAAUUUUGAACGUGGGAAAUUCCGAAAAAAAGUCUCACUUUGUGAAAACAUUGCAUUGCAGUGCUCAGUUAGAGUUCCCGAAAACCAAAAUGUUUCACAUCACUGAAACUUUUAUGCAAAUGGAGGGCACUCGUGCUCCGAAUGCCAAUAUGUUGUGUCGGCAACUAAGUGGCUUUAACUCGUUUCAUCAGACUUCCUUACUGCUUGCAACUUUCCAGCUUCGACUUGGCAUGUAUGCAAAUUUCCAUGUUUAUAAUGUACAUAUGCAUGUAUUCCAACUAUUAAAACCUUGAAUAUGUACAUGUAUUCAACAGCUUCGGAACUGUUGAGGCAUAUUGUGUAUGAGCUGUUAGAAAUUAAUGAAAUUCCUGAAAAACAUCGGGAAAAUCCAAGAAUAUUUUAUGCAAUUAGACUGUACAGCACAUACUUUUGAAGAGCAUGUAUUUAAAAUAACGUCUUCUUUUUAAAACCUGCAUCUCAUUCAUCGUCUAGAGUACGUGUCCUAGAAGCUCGUGACGUUAGAGAUAUCGUGACCCAAAAAUAUUAAGUUGUGGUCACGAGUUUGUACAUUUUCUAAUUUAUACCCUCAUUUUUUGGAGGGUCGACUGGUUUUAAUUUCCCCUAACCACUUUUAUAAGGCCAAAGAACUGUCCUGCGCAAGCAUUAAAAGCAGUGUACAUGUACGUGUUCAUUUUAUGUUCUAUUGAUGCUCAAAGUUUAUUUUUAUAAAGUCAAAGCUUUGUUUUUGUGACUUAAUUCCUAUGCAAAGAUGCAUCAUAAAAGAAUUCAUUUUGUACGACGGGGAAAAUUGGAAUAAAAAAAAUUUCAUCG